AUGUUACUAGUUUAUAUCUCUGUCUCUACUUUUGGAAUAUUUCAGCUGGAGGAUUGGGGCGGUGUCCAGUAUGACUACAUCGUUAUGUUUAACGGUACAGACUGUUUGGCACCCAGAUUUGCGGUAACCUCUGGGAAACGGAUAUUCGGCUCUCCUGGAACCAACAUAUCAUUGCUGUUCAUCAGUGAUUUGACAGAACAAGGCAGCGGUUUUCGUCUUCUAUAUCAACCAGAAACCGAGGUGAACGCAUGGAAACUUUUACAAGCAA